CGUAAGUUUUAUAAUGGUGUAUUUUUCUAGACUUAUCUUGCGACGUUCUCGUCAGGUUUUAAAACACCACAAAAGCAUAUUAGAGAGGCAUUUGUCAUCUGUGACUGCAACAGAAAGCUCAGCUGUAGAAAGUCAUGCAAAUUUUGAUGUCAAAUGCUCUGAACAAAAUCCUGGAAAUCAAACGUCCAGUCAUGUUAGAGAGUAUUACACCAUUCCCAAAGAAACAGUGACGACUUUAUUCUCUCAUGGUUUGCCUAAACCACCGUUUCUGGAUGAGGUUAAGACAUUGGGAGAGUUUAACAUCAUGAUCAGACAGCCAGCCAUCUCAAUCCUGGAGAGCAUUAAGUCAGAUGAAUCUGGUGCUUCGAAAUAUGUGAUUUAUGGUCAAGAUGGUUGUGGUAAAACUAUGACGCUAUCACAUGUUCUUCAUAAUUGUUUUCUUAAAGAAUGGCUUAUACUGUUCAUUCCCAGUGUGUUCAAGAUAGUUUUUAGUAAACAAAACAUCCUGCCUUCUCCCCAUAAUCCGGAGCGGUUUGAUCAGCCUGACGAAGCACUGACAUGGUUGAAGAUGUUUCAAACGUUGAAUGGCAAGCAUUUGCCUCAGAUAAAGACUUCAAAAGACUACAAAGUUAGUCAAAAAAUCUCCAUCGAUGCUGGAAGCCGUAUUUCCACAGUGAUUGACCAGGCUUUCCAUCGACCGAAUUUUGCUACGGAUGCUGUGGGAAUCACGCUCAGAGAAGUGCAACGACUAAGCAGUCGAAUGCCUGUUUUAUUCGCGGCAGACGAAUUUAAUGGCUUUUUCUGGAAAACGUCGCUUAAGAAUCCAGAAACGAACGAUUGGUUGAAACCGCGAGACCUCAGCAUGGUUCAUCAUUUUAGAAAACUGUUCAUACAGAAAUCUUCUUUGGGACGCGGAAGUUAUGUUCUAGCCUUGUCGAGGAUUGGAAUGGAAAAGGCAUUCUGUUCAAGUUACAAUCAUGUUCAUCUAUUGAGUCAACAGGGUCUGUCUCUUAUCGGCUCAUACGAACCUGUUCAAGUCUGUGAAUACGAUAACGAUGAACUAAUGCAAGGUCUAAAAUAUUACAAAUUGAAAGGGUUGUUUUCAAGAGAUUUCAAUCACAGUCAAACUUUUCAAGAGGUUGCAUUCCUAACAGAUCGUCGACCGUCGUUGGUUCAAAAAAUAUGUUUUUCGUAUUAGUUAGCGAAGCAUGAGUAACCUACGUGAAGGUACAUUUGAGUACACAGAUGGUACAUAAUGUUACCUGAUGCUAAAACGCAUGUACAGAAGGGGAUAUUGUCUGAACGACUAUCUAAAGCGUUUGCAUAAUCAAGAGCGUUUCCAAGGACAUUGACUCCCAGAUAUUUUACCAUCAUAUCAGAUUUACUGUAGUUACUGAAUAUAUUGUGGUUUUGAAGUGAGUAAAUUUUAA